AUGCCAGACAAGCGUAAAAGCAAACGGCAAAAGUUCACGCGCCCGGGUGCGGAAGGCCGCACUAAAAGCAGAACCGGCUGCCUGACCUGCAAACAAAGACGCAAAAAGUGCGACGAGGUCAAACCGAAAUGUGGCGGUUGUCUCAUCGAAGGAUGGGACUGCGAGUUCUCUGCCCAAGUCACCAUCGUAAAAGUUCCACGGCAAAACCAAGUCGCCCCCGGGAGUGCCACGAUCGUCCGGGCCCGGCCGGCAUUGUUGCCCGAUUUGACCCAGCAAGAACUCGAAAUGUUUUCCUUUUACGCCAACCAGCGGAUGGGCUCCGUGGAUCUCAUCUUCAACGACACUGAAGCUCUCGAUUUUAUAAUCAAGAUCAGCAUGUCUGAGCCAUGCGUGCGACAAGCGGUGCUGGCCGCAAGUUAUGCAGUGCGACAUUCAUUCUUCCCAGCGGCGGACCAUUCCGGGCGCGCCCGUGACCUCGAGGUACUGCUGCGACAUUACAACCUUGCCAUCGGGGAACUUGUCGCACUUCAAAUUGAGCAUGAGGGUGAAAACCAGCAGGCCGUGGUUAGAAAAAGACGACCGGACUGCAUAUCUGCAAUCAUCUGCGCUUCGUUCGUGCUGGCAUCAGUCGACCACAUAUCUACAGACUUAUCCUCAACCGUGCUCGGUGAAGAAGAGUCGGCUGGCAGGUUUCGAACCAUGUUUCACUUGAAAGCGUUGUGUGCCAUGCUGCAGGACAGUAAGCCCAUAUCGCUCAUCGACGACGGAGGAGGGGGUGCCUGGGAUAGGAACAGCCAGUUUGACGACGAGAUUUCCAUGAUGGCUGGCCUUGUUGCGACCUUCUUAACGCAAACUUCCCUGUACGACGAAGAAGUCCAGAGGUUCACAGCUCAGAAAGCAUCAGCAAGGCUCAUGACAUGA